CAGGUGGCUCCCAGCGGCCGCACCUUAUCCUCCCGGCGUCUUAAACCCCUCGUCGGGACGACCGACCGACCGCCGCGCCGUCCUCCCAAACCCCGCAAGAAAAUGGCGACCAGCGCCACCUUCCUCCACCUCCUCGCCCCUCCGGGCCUCCGCCCCAAGCCCAUACUCCGGCCCCGCCUCCGCCGCCUCGCCCUCUCCGUCUCCCCCUCGGGCCCCGACGAGAUCCCCGCCGACGACCCGCCCGUGCUCCCCUCCAUCCUCGUCAAGAACACCGAGCCCGAGGACGUCGCGCGCCGCCGGAGCUGGGUCGAGCACGGGUGGGCGCCCUGGGAGGAGGCGAUGAGCCCCGAGGUGGCCUUCGCGCGCCACAGCCUGAACGAGGGCGAGGAGGUGCCGCUCACCUCGCCGGAGUCCGUCGAGGCGUUCCGCAUGCUCACCCCGGCCUACCGCGAGAAGGUGGAGUCCGAGCCGGGGUACCUCGAGCGCCUCUUCUCCAUGCGCGAGACGCCCGAGCCCCUCGAGACCUCGUGGGCCGGCCGGCUCCCGCUGCGGCUCGUGCCGCCGCGGGACUGGCCGCCGCCCGGCUGGGAGGUGGACCAGGACGAGCUGGCGUUCAUAAGGGAGGCUCACAGGGCGGCGUCGGAGCGGGUGGACAUGGAGGCCGCCGCCGCCAAGGGGGUGACCAACGUGGAGAAGGUGGAGGACGCGCCGCAGGAUCUGGCGCUGGAGCGGUACAAGGUGUUCCUGAAGCAGUACAAGGAGUGGGUGGAUACCAACAGGGACAGGCUGGAGGAGGAUUCCUACAAGUUUGAUCAGGAUUACUACCCUGGUAGACGAAAAAGAGGUAAGGACUACCGAGAAGAUAUGCUGGAACUUCCAUUCUUCUACCCUGGACAGAUAUGUUACGGUAAAGUGAUCUCUAUUCACCUCCAUCAAGGAGCUUUUGUGGAUAUUGGUGGCACACAUGAUGGGUGGGUGCCCAUAAAAGGAAACGAUUGGUAUUGGAUCCGCCACCAUAUCAAACCUGGCAUGAAUGUCUAUGUGGAAAUUCUGGCCAAACGAGACCCAUAUCGGUUUCGUUUCCCACUUGAAAUGCGCCUUGUCUAUCCUAACAUUGAUCACCUAAUAUUUAAUAGGUUUGACUUCCCACCAAUAUUUCACCGAAAGGAGGAUACAAACGAAGAGCAGCUGUGGCGCGAAGGUGGAAGGCCGCCCAUUCCUAGGAAAAAGCCUUCGACAGACAUGGAAACAGAACCUUUGGUGUCGGACCACCCCUUUGUUGAAACGCUUUGGGAAUGGCAUAAUGCAGAGCAGAUGAUUUUAGACCACGAGGAUGAAAAUCCAGAUAAAUUCAAGGAUGUGACGUACGAGUCAACAGUUGAUACAUCCUCAUUCGACGAAGAAAACAGGAUUCAAUACACUGAAGGACGUGUCAAAGAAACAGUGCUUAAAAAGAAAGUUGUGAAUGUGAACAUCAAAGAACUCGAUAUGAAGGCUGCUCGUGCUGAGCGUGAGGAGAUUAAAAGGCUCAAAGCGGAAGCACAAGAAAGAGGAGAGGAGUACAAAAUCGGAAAGAUGCGGCGGAACAUAGAAAUGGACGAGUACGAUCUGCUGCAGUGGCGUCGCUCUUACGAAGAAAGGGAGGCUCUCCUCAGAGACAUAUGCUGCCGGAAGGCCCUGGGCCUCCCCAUCGAGGAGCCGGGGCGGUACGACGUGGACGAGACGGUGGUGUACGGCAAGGACUACUACGACCCGUCGAAGCCGAUGUACCGGUACGACUACUGGGGCGAGCCGCGCAACACGGAGAAGGUGAAGCUGGAGCGGGACGUGGAACGGCACAACCAGCAGAUCAUCGGGGACGCCAAGAAGUGGUGCGAGACGUCGUACGAGGACUACGUCCGGAAGAAGACGCUGCGGGAGGCUGCGGAGGCCCGGGAGCGGCGGCGGAGGGCGCAGGAGCCGCAGGAGGAGGAGGAGUACGACGAUGACAUGGACCUCGACUUCGAGAAGAUGACCGACCCCCGCGCCCCGCACAACCGGUUCUACAUCACGAAAUGAAGAGAUGGCGUGGCGUGGAGAUUUUAGGUGUAGUAGUUGUUCUGUUGUGUGCAAGCAAGAGAUGUGAAUAUUUGGUAGCUUCGUGGCUGUGAUAAAGCUGUGACUUGGCACUCAA